UCACAUCCAUCCUCUGUAUAUAUAGGUCUCAAGACAAGACUAUACACAUCAAGACAACACUUGCUCUUUCCUCCUCAAGUCCUCACUCCUUCCAACUCAAUACAGAGAUUAGUUUCCGAAGCAGAUAUGGCUUUUGCUCUAAGAUCAAUAAGCUUGCCUUCAAGGCAUCACACCACUGAGGCGGAAGUACAAGAAGAUUUGCACAGCCUAGAGACAAGUGUCUCUUCAUCUAUCACCAUCGAGACAAUGUGCGAUGGCCUGCAGAGGCUUGGAGACAUCUACGGUGCUGUUGAGAAGAUCAUCCAGUUGCCAAGCAACCAAGUCUGUUCCUCCCAGCAGAGGAAGAUAUUGGAUGGAGAGACGGAAUGUUCUCUCGAGCUUCUGGAUCUCUGCAACAACAUGCAAGAGAUCUUCGUUGAGCUCAAGGCCAUUAUCCAAGAGCUGCAAGUGGCUCUAAGAAAAGGAGAUGAUGCAACCAUCCAAGCCAAGAUCCAGUCUUACACCAGACUGGUGAAGAAGGCUGGUAAACAAUUCAAGAAGACUACCAGGAAGGCGACUUCAGACAAGACGGAUUGCGGAAUGGUCAGUCUAUUGAUCAACGCAAGGGAGAUGACUAUCUCUCUACUUGAGUCCGUGGUGCACCUUUUGUCGAAGCAAAUCGAAGAGCCUAAACAAUCCCUAGUUUCCAAGGCAUUUCACAAGAAAAAAGCUGUUGUUUGUGAGGAGCAAUUGCAGGACUUAGAGUGCAAUAUCAGGGAUCUUGAGUGUGGAGCAGGACAUCUGUUCCGGAAAUUAAUCCAGAGCAGAGUUUCUCUCCUAAACAUACUUAGCUCAUAGAUCUCCACGAGACUUGUCACUCAUAUCAUGUUAUUGGCAUAUGAUUUUUUGAGGACUAGCCAAUCUCACAUUUUCCCCAGAUGUAUAUACAAUACAGAUGUACAAAAAUACAGAAACAAAUCCCAAAUUUUGAUCUAUUUCGUGCCCGCAAUAUAUUUUUGUGCUGUCAUAAUAGUUUGGUUGAGACCCUUGUUUGCCGGAUCUUGUUUUGCGUACAUUAUACAUGCCAGUACGAAGUCAGAAAAAGCUUGUAGUUUUCAGAAUAAAUUACUACCCCCCCAAAAAAAACACAGACGCAUAUUUAUGAAGUGUCGCUGUUAUUUGUUUUUUGUUGUGUAAGAACAGAUACAUAUGUGAAAAUUACAAAUUACUGCAGAAAAACUAAAUCUCCAUUUAAAAUCAAUAUCUGGGUAUUGAAGGUAUAUAAAAUAAUUUCGGACGUGGCUCGCGGGCGCACGGGCGCCCGAUCGCAGCCCCGAGCGCUCUCCCAGAAAAGGAAGGAGCCACCCGCGCGCGCGACCAGACAGCCAGAAACGGAAAUCAGCCACCCGCGCGCGAAAACAACCACACUCUGCUGUCCCCCGUGUGAUUAGGAAGAUGCUCUGCCACGUCAGUUCGCAUGCAUUAAUUUGAGUUUCAAAAAAUUUAAAAAGCCAUAACUUUUGAUUCGAGUAUCGAAAUUCAGAUCCGUUUUCACCAUUGGGUUUCUUGCAACGAGUUCUUCAAAACUAGAUCCCAUAUGGAUAGGUUUCGAUGAACUUUUUUUUUGAGCAACUCUGUGUGGUAUAUAGGCAACUUUAGUGUUAUCUGUAAGCAACUCUUCUUGUUUGUCUAAUAUGACUUCCUAUCAUCUUGGUUUGUGUAAAAACCAAGCAACUGACCUAACAAACCAAGCAUCUGUCCUAGUAAACCAAGCAACUGUCCUAGUAAACCAAGCAACUGUCAUAACAAAACCAGUCGAUUGUCCUAAUAAAUCAAGCAACUGUCCUAACAAAACUAAGCAACUAUCCUAACAAAACCAAGCAACUGUCCUUGCAAAUCCAUGCAACUACAUUAUCAAAACACAAAAUGCAUAAUGUCUAAGCAAACCAAGCAACUGACCUAACAAACCAAGCAACCAUCUUAACAAAAAACAAACAAUUUCAAUAACAAAACCAAGCAACUGUCCUGGCAAAUCCAUGCAACUAUCCUAU